AUGCCUCUUUCUUCCUCAAAGAGCUUUGAGCGGCUUGCCGACGAACAGACUUACACGGGCCAUCAAGAACAGUCAGACAUACUGUCGCGGAUAAAAAUGUCCAAGGUUGGCGCCAGACCGCAGGCCGAGAUGGAGGUGGCUCGGCCCGAGGCCCCAAGGUUCGAAAGGGUGACAUGGUACAAGGAGCCUCAUCUGCGGAAGCUCUAUGCCAUGUCUCUGGUUCUCAUGAUAGCCUCCGCGACUACGGGAUACGAUGGGAUGCUAGUGAAUACCUCGCAGCAGAUCCAUCGCUGGGAAGAGUAUUUCGGCUUGGACAUCGACGACAACAAUAAGCUUGGUGUCUUGAUCAACAUGUUCAACAUCGGGUCCAUCGUCUCCUUCUUCAUCACGCCCUACGUCGCUGAUAAUUAUGGUCGGAAAAACGCCAUAAUUGCGGGUUGCAUCUUCAUGAUUGGUGGGGGCUGCCUCACAGCUUUUUGCGACGGCUGGGCGCUCUACAUCGCGGGACGGUUUCUGCUAGGCUUCGGCAACUCUUUAGCACAGAUGGCCUCGCCACUACUCCUGACCGAGAUAUGCCAUCCACAACACCGUGGCCCAGUCACUGCCAUUUAUAACUGUCUCUGGAACCUCGGCGCUCUCCUUGUGUCUUCUAUCGGAUGGGGAACAGCCUACAUUGAUAAUGACUGGUCUUGGCGGUCCAUAACGCUCAUACAAGUCGUGCCAUCUCUGAUACAGAUAACGUUCAUCUGGUGGCUACCAGAAUCGCCUCGGUAUCUGGUGAAUAAGGAUCGAAAUGAGGAAGCCCUGAUAGUGUUAUCAAAUUGUCAUUCCGGCGGAGACAUACACGAUGCCGUCGUGCAAUUCGAAUUCCAGGAAAUCAAGCAGACCAUCCAAAUGGACAGAGACGCUGACAAGGCAACGUCGUACCUGGACUUCUUUCGCACCAAGGGCAACAGGUGGAGACUUGCUAUCAUCAUCUCCCUGGGCAUCAUCUCUCAGUACUCGGGAAAUGCAUUGUUCUCGAAUUACAUGAAUACCAUCUACGAGGGUGCGGGGAUCACUAUGCAGAGCCAGAAGCUCGCCAUGUCCACCGGAAAGACAAUUCUCGAUUUGGUCGUCACCAUCGCGGCCGCCUUGAACGUGGAUCGUUUUGGCCGGAGGCCACUGUUCCUGAUUUCUACCAGCGGCAUGGUGGUCGCCUUCGCGGCAUGGACGGCGACAGGCGCGAUAUAUGAGAACUCGGACAUGACCAACAUCCAGAGUGGAUAUGCCCAGCUUGUCUUCAUCUGGCUCUUCGGCAUCUUUUACGACAUUGGCUUCUCUGGGUUGUUGGUUGCCUACGCGCUAGAAAUCCUCCCUUUCCAUUUGCGUGCCAAGGGCAUGAUGAUUAUGAACAUCACCGUGCAGGCUGUGCUGGCGAUGGGAAAUCAAACAAACAAGAUUGCCUGGGACAGCUUCCCCCGUCACUGGAUGUUCAUGCUCUUCUACACUUGCUGGGAUGUGGUUGAACUGGUUUUCGUCUACCUAUUCUACGUCGAAACAAAAGGACCCACGCUCGAGGAGAUCGCACGUAUAUUCGAUGGCGAUGAUGCGGUUGCGCACAUCGAUUUGAACGAGAUUGCAAAGGAGCUGCACGGUGAUCAUUACGAGGAGGCUCAUUUCGAGGCAUACCGGCAUAAAAAGGGCCCGUCUGCUCGAGAAAGAUACUAUUCAUAG